AUGACAACCGCCCGCGCAAUCCGCAUGGCCUUCCAGGCCCUCGAACAAGCCGAAGGCGCCGGCGCGCGCGUGCGACGCUCAAUCGGCACACCGAAACUCCGCAACUUCAGCCCAUUCCUGAUGCUCGAUCACUUCACAAUCGGGAAAGGCGCCGGUUUCCCCGACCACCCUCACCGCGGCCAAGAAACCAUCACAUACCUGUUGUCCGGCGGCGUCGACCAUGAAGAUUUCGCCGGAAACCGCGGCACUAUUGGCCCCGGAGACCUACAAUUCAUGACCGCCGGAAAGGGGAUUAUGCAUGCCGAAAUGCCGCAUGAGAAUGAAGACGGGAGUCCCAAUGUCGGAAUGCAGUUGUGGGUUGAUCUUCCCAAAGAGCUCAAGGCUGUCGACCCACGAUAUCGGGAUUUGCGAUCCACUGAAAUCCCUGUUGCGGAUGUCGAUGAGGGGAGAGUGAGCAUUAAAGUGAUUAGCGGGCAAUCGCAUGGUGUCGAUUCAGUGCGUGAUUUGGCGUAUACGCCGUUAUGGUUCUUUGAUAUCAGCAUCAAGCCUGGCGGACGUGUAAAGCAGAUUUUGCCGCUGGGAUGGAAUGCGUUUGCGUAUACGCUGGAAGGAACGACGCAUUUCGUCACAGAUAACGGCGACACGAAACCCAUAAAUCAAUUCCAUAACGUCGUGUUUCAGCAAUCCGGUGAUCAUAUUGAGGCGUAUGUACCUGAUAAUGCAGAGCAGGAGUCGAGGUUUAUUCUUGUGGCGGGACAGCCACUGAACCAAGAGGUUGUACAAUACGGUCCGUUUGUGUGCACGUCCAAGGAAGAGGUGUAUCAGGCCAUGCUUGAUUUCCAGAGUGCAAAGAAUGGGUUUGAGAGGAGUUUUGGGUGGCAGAGUGAGAUUGGGAAGAGGAUGAAUCAAUUCUAG